CCGUACUGUAUACGGUAAGACUCCAUGGAAACGAGUUCGAGGACUGAGUUUUGUUUACAAUCUUGGGGAGCCAACAGCUACGGGCAGCUGGGACAGGGACAUGUGGAGGACCAGCCGGAGCCCCGGCUCUCUGAAAUCGAUGCUCUACAACACAAGGCGGUACGGACUCUCACCGGCGGCGGGGGACACUCCGUGGUUAUCACCGAGAAUGGAGAGGUGUUUGUGUGCGGACAGAAUAACAGAGGCCAGCUGGGACUUGGCCACAUUUCAGACAUCACAACUCUUCAAAUAUCCCCAAGCCUAAACCAGAGGGUCUCAAAAGUAGCCUGUGGUUGGGAAUUUACUAUUUUUCUCUCUGAUUCUGGUCGAGUGUUGGCAUGUGGCUCCAAUGCAUUUGGACAACUAGGUGUUGGAAAAAGUCUAUCACACUCUGCAGAUCUACUGGUUGUUGAGAGUCUGAAGGAUCCAGUUGUGAGUGUAGCAGCUGGACUGAGACAUUCAUUAGCUGUUACAGUCUCAGGCUGUGUAUAUCAGUGGGGGACUGGCCUUUGCAGUCACGCUAAGAGAGCACUCAGUCCCCGGCCUGUCCCAUCCCACCUCAGCUCUGCGGUGCCUUGUCUGGUACCAGGUCUGGAUCACAAGACUGCACACAUGGUAACAGCUGGCUUAGCGCACUGUGUGUGCCUCACAGGAGACGGAGAUUUGUUUCUGUGGGGAAGCAACAAGCAUGGCCAGCUGACCACCACAGAGCCCUUCCUGUCCUCUCCCGCUCUUGUGAAGCGCUCCCUAGUGGGGGGAGAGAAGGUUGUCCUUGUGUGUAGUGGCUGGACACACAUUGUUGCUCAAACAGAGAGCGGGAGAGUGUUCACAUGGGGCAGAGGAGAUUAUGGACAGCUGGGCCGACAAACCAGUCAGUACGCAGAGCGGCAAAUGACUGGUCCUUCAGCAGAAAGUAGAAACACUGUGGUAAGCCUCCCUGCAGAGGUUGAAGUCCUCUGUGGAGCAACACAGAUUGCAUGCGGAUCCGAACAUAACCUGGCCAUUUUAGGGGCGCGCCUCCUCACCUGGGGCUGGAACGAACAUGGGAUGUGUGGAGACGGUUCCCAGAAUGACAUCUUUCAGCCGCAGCUCGUUUCUGGUGUCACACCUCUUCUUAUUGGCUGCGGAGCCGGACACUCUAUGGCAGUGAUUACCGACUCAACUCAAAACUCUGCGAGCACCUCAGUAACAUCUGAGCAGGAGCAUUAAUUUGGCAUAUAGCCGAGCAGGAUGCCUUCGUGAAUCCAGCAGAUGAUUACCCUUAGAGCCUUAGAAUUUACUUUCACCUCCUAAUUGGCUGGUGGAGAAGAUCAGCCUUCAAAGCGCAGUCGUCAUAAAUACUGUGGUGUGGCUGGACACCGGCUGAGUUAUGUUACAUGUGGACACAGGCCAUCAUUUCUCUGACCAGCCCAUCACUUUGAUGGACAUGAUUUGGGCUGAUGGCUUUUCAGGACAUGGCCCUGCCUAUAGCUCCUGGUGCACCUGCUAUGUCCCCUCUAAAGGAAGCCGUUAUGGGUCAUGUGAGGGAUGGGCUAGACUGGUGCUAGAGCUCCAUCUUCCAAUGUCAGCGGUUUUAUUGCUGUGAUCUUGAAUGUCAGAAGGCAGUCAAUCUCUGCACUUCGUACUGAAAAUUUGUUGGUCAUCACAUGAUUUACCACUUACUCAUACAGUAUAUUUUUAUUCGGCAACUGUCCAUCACUUAUUUAUUAACUUGGCAGUCUGUGUCAUACCCUGUGUGAUGUUCUGUUUUGUCUCAUUUGCACCACUUUCAAACUCUAUAUUUCAGAAAUCCCUCUUGGGGGAAAUGUGUCCGCUGCAUUUGACCCAACCUACAUAUUUAUGAGCUGUGGGCGACCGCAGUGCAGGGACAAACUGCAGGUCUGAAGCUGUGCAGUAGUAAAGGGCGAUGGCUCAUUGAUGCAAUUCAUUUAAAGGUUUUGAUUUUAUCCUCAUGUUGCAAAUUAAACAUGAAAAACAUCUUUAUCACUGAAGCUAUGCUUUAAUGAAAGGUAAAUGAAUGUGCUUAUACUUGGAUUAGUUUGAAAAAAAUAAAUCAGAACUCGUUGAAAAAU